AUGAGAUUACAUUAUAGAAGAAGAUUUAAUUUUUUAAGGAGAAUACUUUUUAUAUUAUGCAUUACUUCAUUGUAUUUAUCGAGAGAUUCACUAAAGCUACAUGCAAAAAAUGUAUUAAUGGAUCAUAAUGUAGCAGAAUAUCAUGGCGGAAUGAUAGACGAUAUUCAAAUCCUGCGGUGCUACCAUUGGUACAGGCAAUGUAGUUCUUUGUAUGCCCCGAAAUUACACCCCUCCAAUACUGCUAAAAAGAUCAAAGACAAAAACAGCAUUCUGUGGACCAGAGUUUCUAAGAAUAUUACUGUAGAGACAUUGUAUUCACUUCAGUCUGGACCAUUCUACAACAGUUACUUAUAUGUUCAUCUGAAAGAUUUCCAAAGUAAUCCAAAAAACACAAUAAAAGAACUAGCCAUAGCAAGGGACUCAGCACUAAUACCCCUACAAGUGCUGAGAGACAUUAAUAAGUUGGUGAAAUCGAGCGACAGUUCUGUCUUUCACAAUCAUGUGUAUCUACGAGAAAAGCCUACUUCGUCAUGGUGGAAGCUGCUUUUCGGCAUAUCCGUUGAUACAGAUAACAUAGCUGUGUUCGGUGAGGAGUGGGUAUACAAGGGGAGCGGCAUAUGGUGUAAGUAUAUCCUUAAUGAUGAUGAUAAUGACGCUCCUAUAACUAAUUUGGAAAUAUAUCUAGGAUCAUCGUUUAUUGAAUCGAGGCCUUCUUGGAAAGAAGUUAUCCAUGAAUUUCAUAGAAAUAACAUACCUUCUCUGCCCAUAUCAAUUACAAGAAAGCUUGAAACCAAAAACCAUCAUCACAAAUUUUCUAAUGGAUUGCUAGGUUCUUUGAGAACACCCAGCAAAGACAUUAAUAUCCAAGUCGAUGCAGAUUACAAAAUAACAUCUCCCCAUAUACAAUUUUCGAGGGGACAAAGAUCAUUCAAAAUUCUCCAAAUAACUGAUUUUCAUUUCAAAUGUACGGAUAAUAGCAUGACCGUAAUCAAUGAAAUAAAAACAGUAAAUUUUAUUGAUAGGGUACUCGCAUCAGAAAACCCUGAUUUAGUUGUGAUCACAGGUGAUUUGUUAGACUCACAUAAUACUAUCGACUAUCAAACGUGCAUUAUGAAAGUUGUCCAACCAAUGAUUUCUAAUAAAAUACCCUACGCAAUUUCAUUGGGUGUUUCUGACGAAUCCAAUUUGGCCACAUCGGCACAAAUUAGAGACUUUAUCAGGAAUUUACCUUACACAUUUAACAACGUUGCAUCAGAAGAGGGUCAUAUGGCCAUAGAAGUCUCAUUUAAAAAGAAGCUCACGAAGAAUACUCUUUUGGAAAGAGACAUUGAUACCGAAGACGAAACAAACCCAUCAGAGGCUUUAUUUUUCGUCUUUGAUUCAUUUGCGCCCGUCAAUAAUUUCCUACAAGAUUAUAACGACCUGAUUGGGAAAAUAGACUUUGGCUUGGCAUUUCAAUAUUUUCCAUUAUCGGAAUAUAGGCCUCAUGGUUUAUUUCCUAUUAUUGGGCAGUAUAAUGAGAGGUCUACCUUAACAGUAGAUACGCCAAGGUCUAGAGGACAAGUUUCAAUGACGAUCAAUGGCAAACAUUACAAAAGCUUCCUUGAUAUCCUGAGUCUUUGGAAUAUAAAGGGUGUCAGUUGCGGACAUGAACAUAAUAAUGACUGUUGCUUACAGUCAAAAAAUGAGAUGUGGUUAUGUUACGGUGGGUCCGCUGGUAUAGGCUUGCCGAGAAUCCAAGGUAUAUAUCCAACCGUUAGAUUAUUUAACUUGGAUGAUAUUUUGGACGAAAUAACUUCGUGGAAGAGGAAUAGCAAUCUUGUUGACGAGGUUUACGAUUAUCAGUACAUCUAUAAGGGGAAGCAAUAA